AUGAGACCGAGUGCAUUUCAUUUGUCUACUCAGACACUUCGCCGCCGUCUUCCGCCGUUUUACCAGACCUCUGCCCUUCUACGUCCUCUUUCCCGCCCACAGAAUUCACCACAAAACACGACGCAUGGUUAUCGAUUUGCCAGUACACCCCCAGCGCCCGCUCCCGCUGCUGAGUCUUCGAUCGGAGAGCCCCUGCCUGAAGGAUCAUAUGUCGACUCAUCUCAAGGCAAGCGCUAUAUCAUCGGUAAUGUGCUGACUGGACGGAAAAGGCCCAGGAUAUGGCAUGUUUAUAGCGCAACACAUGAGGGGAAAAAUUUCCGUCUGAAUGACAUCGUCCCGGCCAAGUUCGACUCCGUUGUAUCACUACAGGAGCGCAUCAAGCACUCGCGUUAUAUCCAAACGGCCGUAGACAGUAUCCCAGAGCGGCAUAUGCUCGUGUACCCCCGUUCUAAGAAGUCACUAGCCCGUCUCGGCAUCGCAGCUCUUUCCUCUACGGCCAAAAAAGCCAUCAUAAAGGAUGUCCUCACUGGCCUUGAGGAUCUACACGACAAACACAUCAUUCACAACGAUAUCAAACCUGCAAACAUCAUGAUGGAUACCUUCAAAGAAGAGAGCAGCGAUAUUACAUCGUACAAACCCCAGAUCAGCGGCCUACAACGUGCGGUGGUACUCUCAUCCGAGGACAAGGGGCUUACGGGCCGACUCUCAAGGUUAUACCUCUGGAGAAGCCCAGAGGCUUGGGCAGAGGGGAUCCAGAAUACCCCGUCAGAUAUCUACUCCUUUGCCCUCGUGGCGAUCUUAGUGUGGACCGGACGGAUGGUUUUAUUGUCGGGCGAGACGGGCCCUCCUUGGUCCAACAAAGGAGGGCAACAAAUACUCCGGAACCACCUGUCCUACUUUGGCGGCGAGACCGAGGACUUCGAGGGCUUUGUCAGGUAUCACGGGGGGGAUGACAAUCCGUUUGUCCAGCGCGUUAAGGAUCUGCUCUCUACCUUCAACGAGGAGCGCCCGAGGGAGCCUUUUAGUGGGUGGACGUGGGUAGAUCCCCGGUUUAGGGAUCUCAUUUGUAAGAUGACUUGUAUGGAUCCGUUGCGGAGGAUCACGGCUCGGGAGGCGUUGGGGCAUCCGUGGUUUGCGGAGGACUAA